GUGAGUAGGCGGCAGCAUGGUGAGGCUAUACGACGGCAUCGACGACAGCCAGGUGGGCGAUACACUGACGUAUUGAUUGCACGGCUGUCGUAGAUGCAUUGAUUGCAUUUGGCUGUGCCGUUGGCCAUGCAGCUCACGACAGAGCAAAUCAGGUGGGCGAAAAAUGGCCGCAUGAUGCGUCCGUACAGUUCACGUGGCUGCAAUUUGUCUUUUUGGCUGCCCAGGGCGUGUCUGGCGGAGGAGGAGAGGCGCAUCGAAAUCCUGCAGCGAUACCUCAUCAACGAGUGAGCAACACGACCGCACACAGACACGCGGAGAUGCACUCAUCGAUGUGAAUGCGUGUGUGUGUGUGUGUGUGUGUGUGUGCAUGUCAGGGGUGUGUGUCAUCCCAGUGAGUUCCCUUUGGUGCCUCCCGUCCACGAGCAGGAGUGGCAGCGACAACAGCUGGAGCGUCAGCAAGAGCAGCAGCAGAUAGAGUCUGCCACAGCAGCGGAUUACGCAUACCAAUACAAUGACCGAGGUGAGUGUUGUGUAAUUCACCAAUCGAGAGAGCGCAUCCCACUCAUCCACCCGUCUGUGACCUUUGUGUGUGCACAGGUGAGAGCCCUCAGCGCAGUGGCGGCUUUGGCAACUUCGGCAACAGCGAUGAAGGCAGCCCCACCAGCAGAUCUGGAUACAGAGGACAGCGAUUCGGUAAACCACCACACGCACACAACGACACCCCUUCCCCCCCCCACACACGUGAAUGAUGUUUGUUUCCGUCUGAUGGGACACGUGGAUGCAGGCCCGUCUCCCGAGCCGUACACCAAAGACACCAGCAGUGUGGAUGGGGCCAAGAAGGAGGUGCCCCUGACGCCGCCCACCCAGUCCACCAGCAUGGGCUCGCCACCGGAGAGACCGGUCUGGCCGCACCAGGGCAGCCAUGACUACGUGGUUGGGCCGCCUGUUCGCCAGGUGUCUGAGAAACAGGUAAAUUAGUACCUGACCUGACAGUGUGUGUAUCCACCAGAAUUCACUUGCACACGUGUCACUGACACGUGCAAUUGCGUAGGGCGAAGAGAUACUGGCUUCGUUCGCUGGCGGUGUUGAAAGCUGCGAUGACGUACGGCAGACAGACAGACAGACAGACAGGGAUAUGCACUUAUGUGUGUGCGUGUGUGCGUCUGUGUGCGUCUGUGUGUGUGUGUGUUGAUGGGAUGCGUCGUCAGUUCUUCAAGCAGUUCAUGGGCGUGACCACCAUGUCAUCUCAGGUAUGAGACUCCACCCACCCACAUACACACAUGACAUGAAGCAAUCCAAUCCGGGUGAGCACACGUGUCGUGUGUCUAUGAAUAUGUGUGUUGGUGCCUGUGUGUGUACCGACCGUACAGGCCGACGAGAUACUCGCGGAAAAGUUCAACCAAUGGCGGUCUCUGUCGAGAGGUACGGUAGGCACCUGCCUGAAUGAGUGGAUGGAUGGAUGGAUUCUGUACUUGCACAAUCAUUCACGUGUUUGUGUGGUCUGUCUGUCCAUUGCUCACUAAUCUAAUCAGUGCCCCAGCUGCGUGAGAAGUUCUCGGCCAUCUACGCCCGCCUGCAUACCGUGAGCGACGGACCGACCGAUGCUUCCACGUCUCUUCCACACGUUUCUCUCUUUGUGUGGAUGGGCUGGUGGCGUGUGUGUGUGUGUGAACUGAAGAGCCGCCCUGAGAACUGCCGCACCCUCGACACCGAAGCCGACCAAGCCACAAACACUUGCAGUACGGAUGCGAUCGAUGCGUGUGUGCAGGUGUGCAAACGAUGCUCCUGACUGUCUGAGUGUGUGUGUGUGUGUGUGACUCUGGUUGCUGCAGGUGGUAGCGCGUACCUCAGCCCAUUCAUCCGGUUUGUGCGCGACUUCUUCAUCGCGCCCUACGUCCACGUGCGGAUUUGCACACUGCACACACGCACACACACACACACACACACACACAAGCGAUCUGGGCGCACCUUACCCAUAGCGCAUUCGUUUUUGCAGGUUGGAGCCGUCACAGUGGACAACUCGCGUCACUCUGCUGUGGACGAAAUGGUCAUCAGAGUCGACGAGACGCCUUUGCUCGACGAACAGCGUACGACAAGAGACAGGCUGUGACUGUGCUGUGUGUGCUGUGCUGUUGUGCGAUGUGUGUAUGAAUGGAUGUAUGUCUGAAUAUAUUUGCGUGUGGCGUGCUGUGCUGUGCAGAUCUGACGGGCGAGAGGCACACAGAUUGGGUGUGGAAGGCCUUCAUGAAGCAGGGCAAGUACACACAGGUAUCGAUCGUAUUAAUAAGGCAGGCCUUCAUGUGCUGCAUGGUUACGGUCAGACCACUGCGUACGGUACGCAUCUGUCUGUGUGUGUGUGCAGGUGGUGUUCAUCAAGACCCAGUGGCCGCACGACAUGCUGCAGCAGGUGUGUGACAAGUUUGCCGAGGUGGUCAAUGAGUUCAUCAAGAAAAAACACAACUUCAAAGAGCUGCCGAGGCGAGUGAGCGAAUGAAUGAGUGAAUGAGUGAAUGAGACGAGACGCCCACACGCAAAGAAACCCCACGUGUGUCAGUCAUAUCAUGCGCCGCUGAUGGAUGGAUGGAUGGACGGCAGGCACUGGACCGUGCACAGGACUUGUCAGUACCUGAUCGUCACCUCGCCCACACUCAGGAACUGGGACACACUGGUACUACGCACACACGUGCCACAUGCACUCCCUCACUGACUGAGGCACACUAACUCAUUCAUUCACGAUGGAUAUGUGUGUGCAGCAAGUGUGGGCGUGUUACUAUCGGCAGCUCUUCAGACCUGAGAACUCCGUUUAUCACCCCUACGGCAACAGGCCUGGGGCCUACAGAGACCGUGGGGGGUACAACAAGGUCCGUGAGACAGACAACGUACACCAGUGCACCCCCGGCGACACGUCCGUCCGUGUGUGUGUGUGUCCAGGGCGGCCGUGGUGACUAUGAUCGGCGGGACAGCUAUCGGGUACCUACCACACAGACAUACACACCACACCCACCCUGCACGGCACGCACUGCACACACACAGACCCCGAUGGAUGUGUGGUGUGUGGUGUUGUGUGUCUAUCCAUCAGACUGGCAGCGGUGGUCGUGGUGGCGGUGGUGGCGGUCGUCGGUUCGAUCGGGGCGGAGGAAGUGGCGCGGGUGGGGGCGGGUCCAGAGGCAGGGGCAACAGCAGCAGGGGCAUCCUCUGACCGACUGGCCCACUGACUGACUGGCACGUUACACGUGGUGCAGGAGUGUGCGUGUGCGUGUGUGUAACCGAUCACUUGACGGCGGGUCUUUGUCUGCCUCGUUUGUGUGAGUAAACCGGAGCCUGUUUGUCAGUCAGCCUUGUGUAACACAGAGCGAGACGCCUGCAAUGACACGUUUGUGAGGCGGGCUCUCGCUCGCUGGAAGCCGAUUCAUGAAUAAGGCCACCCUUGUAGACUCUUCACAGGAUGGAUGGAUGGAUGGAUAGGGGGCGGUGGCGUGUGUGGAUGGUAUGCUAUGUGUGGAUACGUGACGACUGGCGGCUCAGGGUGAGAGAGUCGCUUGACGCGUGUGUGUCCUGGACGGUGUGUUGCGUGCGUGGGCUUCCUCGUGCGUCAGGCCGUCAGCUGAGACCACGACUGCAUGUCGGCAGUGCUGGUGUGAGAUGACGGCGAGGAGUCAGGGAGGCCCACGGCCAUGCAGCGAGCGACACAAUGCAUUGUGUGGAUGGAAAACUGGCUAAAUGGACGCAUGUGUGUAUCUGUGUAUGUAUGAGACGUCAAUGGCCAGCGAUAUCAUCCUGCGGGUGGG